AAGAGUCAGUUUUGUAACAUCAUACGAUAAAGGUGAGUUAGAGUUUUGUGUCACUACCAUAACCAGAAAUCAGUCCUCAGGGGCCUUUUUGUGGACCCUCAUACCAUAAUACAAAGCUACUUAAAUAACUGCAUUUUGUCCCUUCGGAUUGGCACAGCCAUCAUAACUCAGCUGGCUGCUCAUUUGUUUUGUUACUGAUAGCUGUCUGAACCAAUCAGGACACAAAUAAUCUUUUUUUCUACCGCAGCAGUCUCAUGUUCCUUUUGAUGAGAUUCUAGAGAAGUCAUGGGUAAUACUUUCCCUCUCUGCUGGACCUGCUUAUGUUUCAGUUGUGCAAGGUCAGAUCUUAAUUUAACUACCAACUGGAUAUUUAAAUUUAGAUACAUGAAGGGACACCUUGGCUCAUGGGGCACUAUUUCUUUUGGUUAGGAAGUCAGGUCCCUGGAUACGAAUGACAAGAUGAUGAUGAUUCCAAAAGGGUCAUCUACCUGACUUCCAGGAGCUUGAUCAAAUCAAAGUCCCCGUCAGCUUGAAGUCAUGGAGGAAAAUGGGGACACUGAUGAGGACCAUCUCAUAGAUUAUGAAAUUCAGCUUAGCAUUCAAGAAUCCAUUGAAGCCAAUAAGAAAGAGUUUUAUCCUGAAAGUAGGUUUGUACCUGUAAGUGCUCAGAACAGAAAACUUGUAGAAGCCAUCAAAACAGGCCAAAUCCUUGAGCUCCAGGACCAAGUGAAACAUAAGUAUGCUUUGGAUGAAGCUGAUAACAAUGGGUGGUUCCCACUUCAUGAAGCUGCAGUUCAACCUAUUCAGCAAAUACUUGAAAUUGUUCUGGAUGCAUCCUAUAAAACUCUUUGGGAAUACAAUACUUGUGAUGGAGAAACACCAUUAACUCUAGCAAUCAAUUCUGGUCUGGUGGAAAACGUAAGAAUUCUCUUGGAAAAAGGAGUGUCUCCAGACACCAAAAACCUCAAAGGAGAAACUCCCCUUCUGCUUGCUAUAAAAAAGGGUUCCUAUGACAUGGUGUCUCUUCUCAUUAAACAUAACACUAUACUUGACCUGCCAUGUGUCAAAAGAUGGUCAGCAAUGCACGAGGCGGCCAAACAGGGCCGCAAGGAUAUUAUUGCUCUGCUUCUAAAGAAUGGAGGAAAUGUGCACCUGCGGGAUGGAUUUGGAAUUACACCUUUGGGUGUUGCUGCUGAGUAUGGUCAUUGUGACGUGUUAGAACAUCUCAUCCAUAAAGGUGGUGAUGUUUUUGCUUUGGCGGAUGAUGGGGCAUCUGUUCUGUUUGAGGCAGCAGGAGGAGGUAAUCCUGACUGCAUUUCUCUUUUGUUGGAAUAUGGAGGAAGUGGAAAUGUGCCUAACAGAUCAGGAUACCUUCCUAUUCAUCGAGCUGCCUAUGAAGGACAUUACCUGGCUCUGAAAUAUCUUAUCCCAGUAACAUCCAAAAAUGCAAUACAGAAAAGUGGGUUAACCCCCAUUCAUUCAGCAGCUGAAGGCCAAAAUGUGCAGUGUCUGGAAUUACUCAUUGAAAAUGAUUUUGAUGUCAAUACUCCCCUGGCUGAUCACAUUUCUGAGAACUACGAUGAUGGACGGAAGACUGCACUGUAUUUUGCUGUUUCCAAUAAUGAUAUUCUCUGUACAGAGGUUCUAUUGGCUGCAGGUGCAGAUCCAAACCAAGAUCCCCUGAACUGUUUGCUUGUGGCAGUGAGAGCUGGCAAUCAUGAAAUUGUCCGAUUGCUUCUCUCCCAUGGAGCAAAUGUCAAUUGUUACUUCAUGCAUGUGAAUGACACCAGGUUCCCCAGCGCCAUUCAAUACGCUUUGAAUGAUGAGGUAAUGCUUAGACUGUUGCUAAAUAAUGGCUUUCAAGUGGAGAUGUGCUUUGAUUGCAUGCAUGGGGAUAUCUUUGGAAAUUCCUUUGUGUGGUCUGAGAUUGAAGAAGAUGUUCUACCAGGAUGGACUUCUUGCAUAAUAAAAGAUAAUCCGUUCUGUGAGUUUAUUACAGUUCCUUGGAUGAAGCAUUUGGUGGGUCGUGUUAUGCGUAUUUUAAUAGAUUAUAUGGAUUAUGUCCCUUUAUGUGAUAAACUGAAAUCUACACUGGAAGUACAGAAAGAAUGGCCAGAAAUUCGUCAAAUAUUAGAAAACCCCUGUUCAUUAAAGCAUUUGUGUCGAUUACGAAUUCGAAGACUUAUGGGACUAAAGAGACUAUGCAAGCCAGAAAUUGUAAAGAACCUUCCUCUACCAACUAUCUUGAGAGAAUAUAUCUUAUUUAAAGAAUAUGAUCUAUAUGGACAAGAAUUGGGGUUAUCAUGAUUCCUAAAGAGUUUUUAAAAUCAUUCCUUCUCAAUAUAUUGUUAGAAUUAUUCAGUAGACUUAAGAAUAUUUAAAGUCCUUUAAUAAUCCUGUUAAACAACUUCUUUUUUCUUUUAGGAGAAUGUGUAGCUCAAAAUGCCAUUUUUACUUAGACUUUUAAAUUUUCCUUAUAUCUCUUAAUUUGACAUCUCCUAAGGGUCUGCCAGUAAGAAACAAUGAUCUCGUGGAGACAUGAUUGCUCUUAAUUCAUU